GUCCAGAAGAUGCGCGGAAGCCGCCGCCUCACGUGUAGACAGCGCGUCGAAAACUUUCUCACACCGCCCUGGGAAGGCACUGGCACACACGACGUGAGAUGAAACGCCAUUCUUUCGCAGUGCUACAGUCGCCAGCUAGCCCGGCAACUGCAAUUGGAGACCGCUGCCGCGCCCUCGAAACCCUCGCCGCCCUCACCGAAGCGCGCAGGCGGCCCGCCCAGCAUUACCGUUAGCCCAACAUUGGCAAGCACCGCUUUUCACCAUGAAUCCCCCGGCCAUCACCAAGAACGGCGCCGCCGUGAAGCACUGGCACACACGACGGUGAGAUGACACGCCAUUCUUUCGCAAUGCUGCAGUCGCCAGCUAGCCCGGCAACCGCAAGUGGAGACCGCUGCCGCGCCCUCGCAACCCUCGCCGCCCUCACCGAAGCGCGCAGGCGGCCCGCCCAGCAUUACCGUUAGCCCAACAUCGGCAAGCACCGCUUUUCACCAUGAAUCCCCCGGCCAUCACCAAGAACGGCGCCGCCGUGAAGCAGCCGAUGAAAGUAAACGCGCAGAUCAAAAAGCCGAGGCCAAUGGCGGCGGCACCUCCUGCCAUGGACCCAAUCUGUCCACCUGUGCACCUCGCCCUGCGCCGCCUGCGCCGCCUGCUUCCUUUCUCCGUGAGCGCGACGUCCAUCCCUUUGGCCAAAGAAGCUUUGCGUAACUGCGCCUCUAAGCGCCUCUCGAGGGAAGCCGGCAUCUCCUGCGAUUGGAGCACCUCGACCAUCUCUUCACGGCUCACCCAGAGGAUCUCCGUCCCGGAAGGGAUCUCAAAGGCCAAGGUGUGACCCACAGGUGUCUCGCUGACGAAAUCGAAGGCCAUGCCCAUGAACGUGUCCGGGCUUUGCGAUGAAACUGCGAACGUGUUGUUCUCAACCGUGAACGACGCGGUGCUGUUCCCUACGGACUCCACGCGCUCACUGUCAUGAGGGCAUUGCUCAGUAACAUUAUCAGUGUCCUCCACGAAAAACAUCUUCAGCAUCACAGGGUUCGCUGUUCUGCGGUAUUCCGCUGGCACGUCCAUCAACAUUGCAGGGGCAUCGUCGGUGCCAGCCCCCAUAAACGUCACGAUUUCUGGCAUGUCCACUGCAGCAUCUGGGUCGGGGGUUAGGACUGUCUUGAUGAUGUUCCCACGAUACUCCACUGUGGCCGUCACGUUCAAACCUCCCUGCCCUGUGUAGUAACAAAUGUUGCCAUUGGGACAAGGCAGCAUGCCCCCUUGAUAGCUGCACCCACUAUCGGCCAGCUGGCUAGCAUACUUGCGCCACGUCUUGGCCGCACGGGCAUGGAGCUCGGUCUCCGACGCGGCGUGUUGGUCUAAGAGGUACUGGAGGUCUACCAUACCACUGCGACUGUCGGCUUCUUCCCCUGCAGCGCCAUGACCAGCACGCCUGAGAAGUGCCUCAUCUACGGCAUUCUCCAGCGUCAAUGCCUGCAGUGGUAGGGCGACGUUUGCAAACAGUAGAAGGUGAAAGAUAGCCAUGAGCACCACUGGUGCGGUUCCCCUUAUCACGUAUGUGUGCAAUACUGCAGAUAGCUUGCUGCGACUUAGGCGGUCUUGAACC